AUGCCCCAAGCAAGCAGCCUUCCCGCGUGGAGUGAGCUCCAGCAGCACCGCGACACGGUAGGCAAGUCCUUCGUGCUCAAGGAGGCCUUCGCUGCGGACCCCAAGCGCUUCGAAAAGUUCACCCGCACCUUCACCCUGCCCGGCUCUGUCUCCUCCUCCGGCAAGCCCACAGACAUUGUCUUCGACUUCUCCAAGAACUUCCUGACCGAUGACACCCUGGACCUCCUGACCAAGCUGGCCUCCGAGGCUGGCGUUGAGAAGAAGCGUGACGCCAUGUUCAACGGUGAGAAGAUCAACUUCACCGAGGACCGUGCCGUAUACCAUGCUGCCCUGCGGAACGUUGGCCUCGAGGGCCAGCCUUGGGAUCUGAAAGUCGAUGGCGUGGAUGUCAUGGGAACCAAGGGCGGCGUGAACGACGUCCUGGCCCACAUGAAGGAGUUCUCCGAGCAGGUGCGCAGUGGAGAGUGGAAGGGCUUCACAGGAAAGAAGCUGACCACCAUUGUCAAUGUUGGUAUUGGUGGAUCUGACUUGGGUCCCGUUAUGGUCACCGAGGCCCUCAAGCACUACGGUGCUAAAGACCAGACCCUGCACUUUGUGUCCAACAUUGACGGCACCCACGUCGCAGAGGCCCUCGCCAACGCCGACGCCGAGACAACCCUCUUCCUGAUUGCCUCCAAGACCUUCACCACCGCUGAGACCACUACCAACGCCAACACGGCAAAGAGCUGGUUCCUCGAGAAGACAGGCGGCAAGGGCGACAUCGCGAAGCACUUCGUAGCCCUGUCCACCAACGAGUCCGAGGUCACCAAGUUCGGCAUCGACAGCAAGAACAUGUUUGGUUUCGAGAGCUGGGUCGGUGGGCGGUACUCCGUCUGGAGUGCAAUCGGCCUCUCCGUCGCGCUCUACAUCGGCUAUGACAACUUCGAGAAGUUCCUGGCUGGUGCGCACGAGAUGGACAAGCACUUCCGCUCUGCAGCUCUCAAGGACAAUAUCCCUGCCAUCGGUGGUCUCCUGAGUGUCUGGUAUAGCGACUUUUACAACGCCCAGACACACCUGGUCGCUCCUUUCGACCAGUAUCUCCACCGCUUCCCCGCCUACCUCCAGCAGCUCUCCAUGGAGUCCAACGGCAAGACCACCACCUCUGACGGCACUUCGGCCAAGUAUACGACCGGUCCCAUCCUCUUCGGCGAGCCCUGCACCAACGCCCAGCACUCUUUCUUCCAGCUCGUCCACCAAGGCACCAAGCUGAUUCCCACCGACUUCAUCCUGGCUGCCAAGUCGCACAACCCCGUGUCCGACAACCUGCACCAGAAGAUGCUUGCCUCCAACUAUCUUGCGCAGGCCGAGGCCCUGAUGGUCGGCAAGACCGUGGAGCAGGUCAAGGCUGAGGGUACAUCGGACGACCUGGCGCCCCACAAGGUCUUCCUUGGAAACAGGCCCACGACAAGCGUGCUGGUUGGCGGCCACAUUGGUCCGGCCGAGCUGGGCGCUCUCAUUGUCUACUACGAGCACCUCACGUUCACGGAGGGCGCUGUCUGGGACAUCAACAGCUUCGACCAGUGGGGAGUCGAGUUGGGUAAGGUGCUGGCCAAGAAGAUCCUCAAGGAGCUGGACGAGGAGGGCACCGGGUCCGGCCACGACGCCAGCACUGGUGGCUUGAUCGGAGCUUUCAAGAAAUACUCCAGCUUGUAA